AUGCCAAAGAAACAAGUUCGGGCGGCGGUUGCCCCCGUGUCACCUCCUCGCGACGAUGAUAUGGCUGCACAACGAACACUUCCCAGCAGCGGAUUCAAACUGAUCGCGGAACUGAUCGCUGAAACAGAUAAGAACCUACCGAAUGAUGAAAUCGAUCGUGCUAUUGAGGACUUUUCGAGUUUCUCUGACGUUUCUGACUGGAGAGGAAUCCCUAAAUAUUUUCUACAUCUCAGCUCCCUUUCUCGAAGAGCUUCGACGUAUGAUAACUGGCACAACCGCUUCAAAGUUGUUGACUAUCUUAUAUCAUGCUUCAAUUCUUUGAAAGAGUCGGUUAUCGAAUAUAUUGAAGAUGGUUUUGCAAGGAAUAAAACUCGCGAGCCUCAUGAAAUGGAUAUCGAUCUAAUUCAUUCCGUUAACAUGUUUGUUAUUCUCGCCCAAAGAUUGACCGUUCAGUUGCAACUCUACGUUUCAAAAUCUAAUGCGACAUCUGGUCAACCAAAGACCAAAAAUGCGAAAGUUCGGCAUGCUCUUGAAAAUGAUAUUACUAAAUGGAAGGAUGUCCAGCGACAUCGAAUGAUCAACUGUCUUCUCGAGCUACUCGAGCUUCCUGUCGAAACCGUUACUGGUCCUAAGCCCGCGGCUAUCCAAUAUGUAUUCGCCCCAGAUAUUAUUGAAAAGGACUUCACUCAGUAA